AUGGAAGAGAAAUUAAAUUUAUACAUUUACCCUCUUAAGAGGCUUAAAGUAUACAAUGAACCCAAUUCAAUUGAGGUUACAUUAAACACGUUUGAUAAAAAGAAAUUGAAUAAAGAUGAAAAAAAAAAUGAAAUCCUUGAAGAUUUAAAAUGUAAACGUGUUGAUAACCCACAUAUGAUUUAUGAUUCUUUAAAUUCAAAUAUCCUUUAUGAAAUAAAAAAUUUCCAUGCUACAGAUAAAACGUAUAUAACACGAAGAGAAGUUAAAGAUAAUAAUAUGGAGAAUAAUGAUAAAACGUUAAAUAAUAACCAAAACGAUAUAAGUAACAAAAAUAAUAAUAUAAUUUAUAGUUCUAGUGAGAAUGAGGAUAAAAUAAUAUAUGAUGAUACGGAUGAAUGUUCUAAUAACAAUGAUUCUAAAAGUGAAGACAUGUCAAAAAAAAAAAAUAAUAAAAAAAAAAAUAAAAGUAGCAACAAAAAGAAAGAUGGCAAAAAAGAUAAUAUUUUUAAUGAUGAUAAAAAGGAUAAUAUUUACAAUGAUAAUAUUUACAAUGAUAAUAUUUACAAUGAUAAUAUUUAUAAUAAUAAUAUUUAUAAUGAUGAUAAUAAUAAUCUGCAAACAAAUAACAGGAACAACAAUAUUACUAGAAAUAUGUAUAAAUCCUCUAAAAUUGCAGAAUAUUUUACAAAUUAUCCUGUAAAUGUACAAGAAGAUAUUUUCUCAUCCCCGAGUGAUGAUAACAUAAGUACAUUAAAAAAAAAAAAAAAAAAUAGCUAUAAAGAUAAUACAUCUUACAAUAUAAAAACAAAUGGAACAGAUGAUAUAUUAUAUUCAUUAUCCAAUGGUUCGAGAAAAUAUUCAGAUAUAUAUUAUGAUGAGAUAAAAAAAAAAAAAAAAAUAGCUGAAAAAAAUUUUAUAGACUUUUUAAAUAAUACAAAAAAAUAUGAAAAAGAAAUUAAUUAUAAUCAUGUAAGAAAUAAUACAUCAAGAGAUGUAAUUAAUACUUUGGCUACAUUUUAUAUUGAUAAAAAAAUAAAUAUAAAUACAAAAUAUUCAUAUGAUUUACAUUUCAAUAUGAAAACACCCGUUGUUGUAUUCCCUACAGGAUUUUAUAAUAAUGAAAUAAAAAUUGUAGAAAUGCAAAUUAAAGAUUUUAUAUACGACGAUAAUUAUAUAUAUAACAAGAGUAUUGAUAAUAGUAUUGAUAAUAAUAUUGAUAAUAGUAUUGAUAAUAAUAUUAAUCAAUAUGAAAAAAUAUAUAAAAAUUAUGAAAAUGAUUUUUUAUAUAAUCCAAAUAUAAUCAAUAAUAAGACAAAUGUAUAUAAUUAUAAUAAUCUAUAUGAUUAUAAUUUUAUUCCCUCAAAUAUAAAAUUCAAUUUUUUAAAUGAAAUAAAUAUAAUACCAACAAACUUAUCUGUUGGUAAUGAUGAAUUUUUAUAUAGAACACAAUUACCAUCAUUUACAAGUUUGUCAAAUAGAAUAAAAAUUGCUAAAGAAUAUAAUAAGACUUAUAUGUAUAAAAAGUAUUAUAAGAUACAAAAUGAUAAUUUCCUUUUAUAUAAAAUUAAUCGUAAUAUAACUGAAUCCAAAGAAAUAGGAUCUAUUUCUGUUAAUAAUUUUUAUAAAAUUAAAGAAAUCAAACUUGAUAAUAAUAAUAUAAACCAAUCUAUUGUAUAUUCUAGAAAUGAUUUUGGACUUUUCAUUUUUCUUAUACAAUAUACAGAAAAUGAUUUUUUUAGUAAUAUGUAUGAGGAUAGUAUAUCAAAUCCAAAAGACAAAAAAGAUCGAAUAGAAAAUUAUAAAUUAAAUAAAACAAAUAGAACAUAUUAUCCUUCAAAUGGUUAUUCAAAUGGUUAUUCAAAUGUUUAUUCAAAUGAUUAUUCGAUUGACCAUCAGAAUGAACAAAAUUAUUUUAAAAUCUUAAAUUAUAAAAUCCAAAUAACAAAAGAUAUACUACUAUUUGAUAGAUUAUAUCAAAUAUGUCCAAGUCCAUUUACAUUUGGAAAAUGUUUAUUUAUAGGUAAUCAUAAUAGCUUAUAUUCUUACGAUGUACAAACAAAUGUUAUAGAAAUAUCUGAUGUAAACAACAAUUCGUCAUUCUUUAAACAAAAUGAUACUUUUAUAUGUAUGUGUCAUUUACAAGAUGAUAAUACAAUUUUGUUUGGAGCUCGAAAUCUUUAUAUUUAUGAUCGAAGAGAAAAUCAAAUGGCCAAAUUUAAUACAAGUAAUUAUUUUGCUAAGAAAACAACCAAAAAAAGAACUACCAAAAAUGUAUCGGAACAAUUUGGUAAUAUCUUAACUGAACGUAAUAUUAAUUCAAAUAAUCUUUAUAAUGAAAAUAUGAGCCGUUCUCAUUUUAAUCAUGGAUAUACAGCCUUACAAAAAAAUCCAGAUUUCCCAUUUAUAAUCGCGGCAGUCAAUGCAUCAUUUAAUGUUAUCGAAUUAUGGGAUACUAGAAAUCAAUAUGAACCAUUAUUUAUAUUCCCAUUAAAUAUUUCGGAAUUUACUUACACAUAUUUUAGACAUAUUGAAUGGAUUAGAAUUUCUCCAAAUGUUUAUGAUUAUGAUAAAAAAAAUUGCUAUAAUCUAGCCGCAUUCUCCUAUUAUGAACAUCAGGUGUACAUCAGAAAAAUUGUCAUCUAUGAUGAUUUUACAAACUACAAAGAUUUAGGCAUACAAACGUAUACUAAUAAGCAUUCACAAUUUAUGUACAACUAUCUUUUUAAAAAUCAUAAUAAACACAGCGAAGUGGAUUUUUAUGAUGCUAUAAAAGAUACAUCGGGUAUUCAGGAUAAAGGAGAAACAAAAGAAUACAAGAAGAAAAUGAGAAAAAAAAAAAAAAAUUCAGAACAAGUGGGGGAAACUAACAAAAUGGAGGGAACUAGCCAAAUGGUGGAAACUAGCCAAAUGGUGGAAACUAGCCAAAUGGGAGAAACUAGCCAAAUGGGAGAAACUAGCCAAAUGGUGGAAACUAGCCAAAUGGUGGAAACUAGCCAAAUGGGAGAAACUAGCCAAAUGGGAGAAAUUUUUCCAAAUGGAAAAGUUCCAUUAACUUCCGAAAUACACGUUCCCAAAUACGUGGAGGAAAAGAGGUCCACCUUUAACAAAACCAAUGGUGUAAUAAAAAAAAAUACUAUUGUUGUAUCUCAAAAAAGGAAUAAAAAAGAUAAUGUUAAUUAUAAACGUUUAAGAGCAAAAGAGAUGAAAAAAAGAAAUGACAUUUGUUAUAACCACUUGUUUAGUUAUCGAAGUGUAAAGAUUCAUAUUGAUGAUUCAAUAAUAAUGGAUGCAUCUAAAUUUACAACAUUACAGAAGAAUAAAAGGAGUUGUAUAAAAUUAAAUAAUAAUGAUAAAAAGUAUAAUUUUAUAAAUUCGAAUAUGUACAAUAUGUUUUUUGGAUUAUAUGGUAUGCAGUUUGUUGAGUUUACUAUUCCUGUAUUUUAUUGUUCCAAAGAAAAGAAAAAAAAAAUAGUAGAAUGUGCCCAUGAACAGGAUAAAACAAAAGACAUAUUUUUAGAAAAACACUAUUAUUUUGAUGAAAAAAAAACAAAAACGUAUGAAUAUUUUAUUAAAAGAAAGAAAGAAUCCAAGGUGUGUUCAAGACAAGAAGUGGAAGGUAUUAAAUUGGAUUAUGUGCAGUUUGUUUUGUAUGUAAAUUCGUCAGGUCAAAUAUUUUGUAUGCCUCUUAAUCUCAAUAUAAAAAAAAUAAAGGAAGAGCACAUUAAAGAAUGGAUACCUAUAAAUAAAUUAUAUAUUACUAAUACUUAUGUAAAUGAAGAUAUGCAAAAACUAUCUGAACAAUUUAUUGAUAUUAUUGAAAAUAAAAAUAUUAAAAAGGAGUCUUAUGGUCUUUUAAAUAAAAAUGAAGCUAUAUCGAAUGAAUCUAAUAAUAAAAAGCUAGAUGAGGAAGAAGAGGUUAUACGAAAUAUGGAAAAUUAUGUAGAUAAGGAAACAGAAUUGUUUAAUAAGAAUAAAUCUAAUAUUAAUGUUCAAAAUGAAGAUAGUCAACCGUUUUAUAAUAAUGAAAAUGAAUCGGAGCAUACAAAUUCGUUUGAAUAUGGAGAUCAGUUUUUAUUAAAUAUGAAUGAAAAUAUGGAUAAAUUGAAUAACAUGUAUGUUCAAGAAAAUGAUGAUGAUAAUAUUAAUAAUGAAAAUGUUUAUAAUGACGAUAAUAUAUAUAAUGACGAUAAUAUAUAUAAUGAAGAUAAUAUAUAUAAUGAUAACAAUAAUAAUAAUACUUAUAGUAAUAAUAAUAAUAAUAAUACUUAUAGUAAUAAUAAUAAUAAUAAUAAUAAUAAUAAUACUUAUAGUAAUAAUAAUAAUAAUAAUACUUAUAGUAAUAAUCAAUAUGAUAAUAUUAUUGAUGAUGAAAAUAAAAGUUCACGUAACAUUUUUAAUUAUGAAGAAAAAGAACAUAAAAAUGAAAACAUCAACAAUGUUAUUAAAGACGCGGAAAAAACAUUUGCUUUAACAAAAGAUAAUUGCUAUGUUUUAAAAGAUUUGUAUUCUUCAUAUUGUAAUGUAACAAAUGAAUUUUUAUCUGAUAUGUUUAAUUUUUUAUAUAGGGAUAAAGUUCUUAUAUUACAAAAAAAUAGAAAUUCCAUAAAAAUAUUUAAAUAUGACAGGAAUGUGAAAGAUGAAGAAAAUAUUUUUUUGAAAAUAAAAAAUUGCCUAAACAUAGAAAAAGAAUCUGGAGAAAUAAAAAAUAAGAAUGCUAUAAUAAUAGCACCCAAAAAAAAAAAUAUAUCAAAAGUUCAAGGUGAAGAUAAUAAUGUAGGGGAGGCAUAUAAAGAUAAGUUAAUUUCAGAUAAUGAUAUGGCAAAAAAUAAUGUGGAAAAUAAUGAUAUGGCAAAUAAUAAUAUGGAAAAUAAUGAUAUGGUAAUUAAUAAUAUAAAAAAUAAUGAUAUAAAAAAUAAUAAUAUAAAAAAUAAUAAUACUCGUUUUAAUGAUAAGAUAACAUUUGAUGAUAAUAUAGAGACGUCUGAUAAAGUUAUGUUGGAAGAGGAAUUAUUUAUACCUAAAGAGGUUUCGGAAAAUUACAAACAUGAUAAUAUUAUUAAUAAUAAUAAUAUAUAUAGUUGUAAUAAUAAUUGUAAUGUCAUCCAUUUUGAUAAAGAGAAUAUGCUAUCAAAUAUGAUUAUCAAAAAUAUGAAGAAAAUGUAUAUAUAUAAGAAAGAUAAGAAAAAAAAGAAAAAAUCUAAAGGAAUGAAAUAUAUAAAAAAAAAGGAUAGACUUUCAUCAAAUAAUAAUAAAGAAACUCUUUGUUCUAUAUAUAAUGUAUUUGAAUUAUUUUCCAAAAAAAAUAUUAAGAAAGAAUAUAUGAAUGAAAUUAUAACUACCCAAUUAAUUCCUAUUGUAAAAUACUUAAAUUUUAAUUCUUUGAAAAAUAACAUAUUAUUAGAAAAGAAAAGUGCAUUAUGUACUUUUAAUAUUCAUAACUUUUUUUAUGUGGAAACAUUAUUUAAUUUAGAAAAUUCUUCAUAUAAUUUAUCCAAAGAAAUGAUAAAAAAAUUUAUAGAAGAUAGUUAUGCUUUUUGUACAUAUUCGAUCAAUUUUCAAUCGUAUAAAAUAUUGAAAAGAAAUAAAAUGUCAAAUGAUAUAAUAUAUUUUUAUAAUGAAAAUCAAACGUUUAACAAAUUUCUUAUGAAUAAAAUAAAAGUUGUAAAGAGGAAUGUUCAUUUCUUUGGUAAAGAUAUGAAUAACAAAAAAAAAAAUAAAACUAACCAUAAAACAAUAAUUAAUAAUAACAAUAAUGUUGAUGAUGAUAAUAAUAAAAAUAGUUUUAUUAUAUCUGAUGAAUAUGAUAUGAAAAUAAAUGAAAAUUUUACAAAUGAAGAUAUUCUUAAUUAUAACGAUUCUUUUAAUAAUAAUUUACAAAAUUGUGAUAAUUUACAAGAUUAUGAUAAUUUACAAAAUUAUGAUAAUUUACAAAAUUGUGAUAAUUUACAAAAUUAUGAUAAUGAGAAUACAAGUAUGUUCACUCAUAAUACCUUACACAUGAUUAACACGGGAGAUACAAAUAAUGAACAUAAUAUGGAUAAUAAAAAAGAUAAAAAUGAGAAAAUGUAUAAAUUGUCUAUUUUAAAAAAAGCCUUUAAGUUGAGAAAGCUAUUUGAAGUUUAUAAUGAACAUGGAUUUAAUUAUAUAUUAAGGAGUAUGAAUAAAAUACAACUAAUAAAAAAAAAUAAAAAAAUAAAUAAUAAUGUGGAAAAUAAUAAACAACACAAUGAACUAGUUCAUAAAAAAAAAAUAAAAAAAUAUUUUUUGAAAAUAUCGAAAGAACUAGACAAAUGUGUAUCCAUGAAAAAUUUUUUUUUUUAUGAAAGUCCUAUAUGUUUUUGUCUUUAUAAUAAUGAUUAUAAUAACAAAAGACAGUAUAAUACAUAUAUAAAUUCAUAUGAAUUUCUUUUAGAUAUUUUAAUCUUUUUCAACAAUAAUAAUAUAAUGCAGGGUGAAAUAGAGAGGAUGUAUACAUCUGCUGAGGAUUAUAUGUGUAUAAAAAAUGAUAAACACGUUGAUGAAAUAAUUAAAAAUAAUAGGAAAAGGAAAAAAAAGCAUAUGAAUAAAAAACAAAUUGAUGAUGAUGAUAAUGAUGAUAAUAAUGAUGACAAUUAUUACAAUAAUUACAAGAUUGAUAGUAAUAAUAAUUAUGAGAAUAAAAAUAAAACGAAUGAGAAAAAAGAUGCAUUUUGUAAGUUAAGGGCGCACAACAAUAAGGAGGAUUCAUUACGUUAUAAUAAAACUAUAAAAAAAUUAAAAAAAAAAAAAUUAUUAUUCUUAAGUAAAGAUAUUACUCAUCAUAUAUUUCAAAAUGUUUUAACAAAUGAAUAUUAUAUACCAAUACCAAAAUAUAUGAAAAAUAAAAUAAAAAUAAAAGAAGAGAAUUUUCAAUGUUCCCCAGUUACUUGUUUUAAAAAACGUUCAGUAGGUUUAUAUAAUGAAAAAUUAUCUAAUAUAUACAAUUCUAUUAAUUUUCACAAUUUAAAAAAUUUUGAUAUACAUAAAUAUAUGUACCAUGAGUAUUUUAAUAUACAACAAAAUAAAAUGAAAAAUGAUAUAAAUAAAUAUAUUGACAAUUAUGAACAAAAUUUAUUUGAUAAUCAAAUAAAAACUGCAGGACAUAUAGCUGGAUAUAAAAUGGAUUAUAAAUUAUUGAAUAAGUUGUAUAAUUUAUGGCCCAAUAAUGAAAAGAAGGAAAGAAGCAAGGACGACUAUUUGGAAAUAAUGAAUAAUUUAAAAAAUAGAGAAAAGGUACUUUUUUAUGAUUAA